AUGGAACUGACACCUAUCAUCGUGCGUGGCAAGAAGAGGAAGUACUUACACCCAGCAUAUGCUGCUGCCUCCAAAAGUAAACCUUUUACCAUACCUGCACAAAACUCUUCAGCAUCCACAUCUCAACUCAAACGCCAACGGAAAACGAAAUCAGCCCGCAAGAAGAAAGAAUAUAAGCCCGCCAUGCCGACGCUCCAAGGACUCCCCACAGAAUUGCUGGAAAUGAUCUUUCUUUACAGCAUGAAUCCAGCGCUUCCACGCUGCUCACGGGAUCUUGGCACGAAACUCUCCUCACACGCCAUAGAGAUGAGCUUCACUAUGCAGGCCUUCUUCCAUACCGUCGAUCACCGCACCAACUAUCGGGACCGACUCGUCACCAGCGAUGCCUCACUCCAGUCCAACAUUCUGACCUGCCAUUUCUUUACCUACGACUUCUUUUUGAAAUACGUGCAGCGCGCACAAGAUGCCAUGGUCAAGUUGCGCGGGAAGGCCUGGGAAGCUACUGGAGUUACGAUCCCCGGAGUGUCUUACUUCGACGGACUAUGGCCAUACAAGUUCACCAAGAUCCCUCACCUCGCUUUUGCGCAAGGCUUUCACAUACCAGAAAAGUUGCUGCAUGGGCCAUGGACGGAGGACAAAGCGUCACUACUGUACGUGUUGGUUAGCCUGACUGGAGAGAUCGAUUGGGAGGGUAGUAUGGCAGGUGAAGUGGCGAAAUCGGGCAUGAAAGAAGCGAUCAAGGAGGGUAAUGAGCACGCGGUGGCAGCGCUUGCCGUGCUGUUGGGUGUGCAAAAAGGCAUCACUACCGAGCUACUGCAGUAUGCUGUCAUACAUUGCGGUUGCGACAUCAACAUCAUCCGACACCUACUCUUCAACGCACAGAUCCUCGCCGAAGAGGCGUCGAACACGUUAAAUUUCUACGACCCUGCACUGUGGGCGUGGGCAGACGUCAACGGUCACAAGGGAGUGACGCUCAAGACCAUGCUCAAGGAGGCGGACGCGUUUGAUCUCGAAUUUUACUUUGAAGAUAACGCCGACUGGUCCAAGAUCGUCCCCUUCCCGUACGGUGGAAGCAAAUUUGACGCAAGGACAGCAUUCAACGACGUGGUGAGGGAGUUGCUGACGAACCUUUACCGAAACUACGGAAGGAAAAUCACACGAAGGAGAGCGACGACACCAGAGCAGAGAGUCGCGGAAGCACAUAUCGACGAAAUGGGUGACGCCGAAAUUACAACGAGUGCCUGGAGGCUGGUAGAGGUCGGCCGCGUGGUCCUCUUCAACGAGGGUGCAUUCGAGGGCCGCCUCGCUGUCAUCGUCGAGAUCAUCGACCACAAGCGUGUCCUCCUCCAAGGUCCCUCCGAGAAGGCCCCUGUCCCUCGCCAGGAAGUCGCGCUUGCGAAACUCUCCCUUACACCCAUCGUCAUCCCCAAGCUUGCCCGUGCCUCGGGUAACGGCCACGUCGCGAAGAAGUGGGAGGAGCACAAGGUCCAGCAAAAGUUCGACGAGAGCUCAUGGGCCAAGAAGCGUGCGGCUAUCCAGAAGAGGCGGGGACUCAACGACUUUGAGCGCUUCAAGGUCAUGAAGAUGAGGAAGCAGGCUCGUUUCGAGGUUCAGAAGACCUUCGCCAAGAUCCGCGCCAGCGCAAAGGCAUAG